AAUAAAUUACAAAUGGAUUGCUGUUCCAAUAAAGUUUAUAUCAAAUCUAAAGCCAAGGCGAAGGAUAAGGAAGGAGAUUACAUCGACCCUGAUGACUGGGAAGUCAACUCUGAUGAACUCAACCACUCUUUCGACUCUGAUGAUGAAGACAUUUCAGCUCCAAAGAAAGUUAAGCAAAGAGUCAAGAAACAAGGCCGCAAGUUCAAGAAUGAUGUUGACACUAAUGUCAUGAAAGUCAACAUGAGUGCUCUCGAGCCUGAAGACUUCACCACUGGAGACCCUGUAUUCUGUACCAACUGCAGUGCAGUUCUGAAUGUCCACAGCCAUCUUGAGCAAUCUGAAGGUGAAGGUGAUGACAACGAAUCUAGAGUCUGGAUCUGUGAGUUCUGCAACAAUAAAAACGAAAUAAAUUUGGAUGAACAUGAAGUGCCUGACAAAGAGAGUGGUGAGAGCAACCUCAACUACAUACUUGAGAAGCCUGAAGACGAAGCAGAUGAACACAAACAAGAUGAAGAAGUCAAAGGCUCAGCUGAAAAUGUUACUGAUGAUGCUUCAGAGACACCUCUGAUAUUCUGAAUUGACAUGAGUAGUUCAAUGAGUAACCAAGUCGUGCCCAGUGUUAAAGGAAGUCGUGCUUUGACAAGAUACGACUGCAUUGCUAAAGGCAUCUGCGACCAGAUCGAAGCUUGCAAAGAAACUAAGCGCAAAGUCGGAGUGGUCUACUUCGAUAGCGAUGUCACUGUGCAUGGAGAUGCCACUGAGAAACCUCAUGUAAUCGAUUCACAAGAGAACCUCAACGAUGAAGAGUAUUUGUACACAAACGCUGAAGUGCUUGCUGAAACUCACAUGUCUCAACCAGCUAAUCUAACAUAUAAGAGCCUAAGUGAUUUGGUGGAGAGCACCAAACCUAGGGGCUCAACUGCCUUAGGGCCAGGUGCUCUUACUUCCAUCACUAUGGCAGGUGCUUUAGGCAACGGAGCCACAGUCGUGAUCUGUACGGAUGGUCAGACCAACGCUGGCGUUGGCUCCAGAGGUGCAUACAGAGGCGACUCUGAGUGGAAAGAUCGAGUCGACAAAUUCUACGAAGAUCUCGCUGACAAUGCAAACAGACAUGGAGUCACAGUCAACCUUAUGAGUGUUAAAGGAUGUGAUUGCAACCUUGAAAGCCUCAUUGUGCUAAGUGACCAGACAGGAGGCCAAGUCAACAUCAUUGAUCCUCAAGAUGCCAGUUACGAGUUCCAAAGUGUACUUCAGGCAAAAACUGUUGCUACCAAUGUCACUGUGAAAGUAAAACUUCACCAGGCUCUUGAGUUCAAGAACGAACUAGCUCAGAAUCUGAGUGCGGGGAGCACUCUGCUCACCAAGAAACUUGGGAAUGUCAAUGCUAAUACUGAAGUGACCUUCGGCUACAAAGUCAAAGACCCUGAUCAACUCGCUCUCAUUGAAGGCUUCAACAUUGAAGAGUUCAGCAAGAUUCCAUUUCAGACCCAAAUCGAAUACUGCAAACUCGAUGGUACCAAGUGUCUCAGAGUAAUCUCAAGAGUGCUUGACACUUCAUCAGACGCCGAAGAAGUCAAGCAAGAUGCGAACCUAGGCAUUGUAGCUGUGAACGCAGCCCAGCAAGCAUCAAACCUUGCUAGAGAAGGACGCUUCAGAGAAGCUCAAGCACUCUCAUACAACAACAAGAAGUUCAUGAAGUGCAACCUCAAAACCGAAAAAGAUGCUGUCAUGUACAAAGCUUUCAAGCGCAACAUGAAGGGCAUGUACGACGAAGUGCAUGAACAGAACAACAAAGAAGAGCUGAUGCAGGCAGCUGGGCCUAAACCUGGUAAAAAGAAAGGGUUCUUUGCAAAGAUGAGCGAUGCACUGAGUAGUAACCUAAACAAGCAAUCUCACUUUACGACAGAAAAGUUGGGCCAAAUGUAGCCCAUACUAAAUCAAUACGAGUUAUUAUUCAGCAAAUCUUAUUGAUCAAUAUAACUU